AAUAUAGAGACAAUUUAUAACUAGAUCGUAUUUAUUGCAGUGUGAUAACACGUAACAGUUACAAUGAUUCAAAGAAACAUACACAUUUAAAAUAAAAUAGGCCUACUCGUGGAUACCAAGUCACUCUACUAACCGAAUAUACCGUAUUCUAAGCAAAAAAUAUUUAUUUUGAGUAAGUUAAUAAAGCACUAACGUUACAGAUAAAACUAAAACAAUUCUCUUCAGUAUUAAUCCGCGAGUCACUCUCGGUGCAAUAGUGCUCCGUUUCACCAAAUUCUUUCACAAAACAGUAAAAAGAGACGACUGGUGUUAAUAUUCAUAUUCUCCAACAAAAAGAUGAAUCGAUCCGGAAACAUUAUCAAACACAUCGAGACUUCCAUCGCUCGUCUUUUCUCUUUGACCGAUAAAUGAGUUCCGGCCACCUAUGAGGACAGGAAGCGAGGAGACGUUGAUGGCGCCCGACUAGAAACCAGUAGCAGCUAAUCGCUUUCAAAUAUCUAUUUUAUUUCGUCUUAUUCGCUAACACGAGGAGUAAAACGGUUAUCAACGCACGGUAAGAAAAAUAUUCCAACUCUAAAUAUUAGGAACAAACCGUCUUAAUUAUAAGUAUUUGUAUGAUGGGAAAGAGAAAAACAUUCGGGCAUACUAGCUGUUCCCUGCUCGCUUAGGCCCUCGAGGUCCCCGAGCGGUUCUUCAUAUCGCCUGAGCGGAAAAAACUCAACGGCGGGAGGGAAAAUGGCGCUUCGCGAGCAGGCAGGACGAAGGGCAGCACAAACGCGCAUAAUAGAGAGAGGUUGAGACUUGAACAAUAGCCACAUAGCUCAUGUGAGGGUAACGUUAGUUGUGUAGUUAGAUGUGAAGUAGUGUAAUGUUUUCUCCUUAGUUGCAGAUGUUAAGUUACUUGGUGUACAUUUUAGGCAUAUACCAGCGCCUUGUACAGGCUCAAGCUGUUGUCCUUGAGAAGUUUGAACCGAAAGGCAAAUGUUAUGCCAUAAUCCCCGCAACAUUUUAGCAGGGUGGGAUAUGCACUACUUAAAUUGUGUAGAUGAGUUAAUGAAAUCAAGUUUCGAUUACGUUUAAAUGUCUAUAAAGUAAAAUGUUCGCGGGGUAGGGUUGUGUUAGCCUAAAGUGCAAUGCGUGCUUAAAGGUGAUCGUGAAAUCCAUCGUAAGACAUUUAUGCGUACAGUAUGCACAAGCACACUGAAAAGUGAAUAAAAUCUACCGAGGUGUAUAUUUCCACACCGUUUUCCCACAGUGUCCUUGUGAAGUGGUCAGUAUCGUUUCUCUAACGCACUAAAUGCAGUUUUCCUAAGUAAUCAGGUGACUAAUUUUACUCAAACCCAUAGAUAACCCCAUUAUAUUAGGACGCAACAAUGGUAUUAUCAUAAUAUUUUAUUACUAUAAAGUACGAUAAUUACAUGAUUUUCCUUAUACCACUUUACUACAUUAGAAUAUUUAACAUACUGAAAAGGGGCCUUUUAGUUAGCAUCUGUACUUCCCCUAUAGCUAAAUGGGUCACACUACCAGUAAAAAAAUGUUGUGUAGAUGCAUACUUCACUCAAUAAACAUGAAAAGAAAAUAUGUGACCUAGUAGGCCUACUGUAUUACUGAAUCAUAAAGACAGUGUCCCACAGAACAAAGAUGGAUUCUGAGGAGAUGGAGGUUGAAAGCAGCAGUGAUGUUGGGCAUUCUGGGAUGGAGGAGCCAUCAGAGAGUGGGAUGGGUAUGGAAUCUUCAGAAGCCAUGUCUGCUGAUAGCAGUGAUGCGGCUACAGCUCCGGCCCCAGAAUCAGACUGCCAUGUUGGACAGAGUUCUGAGGGACUUGUGGUCUUUAUCCCAGAGACGAGCUCUAGCACAGAUGUGCGAAGGGUUCAUCUACCUGACUCGUCCUCCGUCGCCCGGUCAACCAGCGUCUCCACGGUGACACAGUCAGUCCUGGUGUCAGAGUCGGUCCAGGUGCUGGUCCACUCCAGCGCUGUGUCUGAAGGAGGAAUGAUGGUUUCUGAUUCCACUGCCUCCACCUCUUCAGAUCUGGGUUCGGCCAUUGACAAGAUCAUUGAGUCCACUAUUGGACCAGACAUUAUAAAUGGAUGUAUUGCAGUUACGAGUGCUGAGGACGGCAGUGCAGAAACUACACAGUAUCUGAUACUCCAAGGACCGGAUGAUGGAGCUCCUAUGGUUGCUCAGAUGUCUUCCUCUGCGCUUUCGAGUCGCAUUGCCAUCGAAGCCCUAGCUGAUGGCCCCACCUCUACCUGUCUGGAUCAACCUGGACACUCCGGUUACCGUGACCACGAAGAUGGCAGCAGCAGUAGCUGCCCGGACCAGCCCCAGCGCUCCCAGUACAUGGAGUGCAAUGGAAGGGAUGACCCAGAUCAGACCAGGGAGGCCCGAUACAUUGAAUGCUCUAGAGCAGAACCAGACCAGACCCCACUUCAUUCUGACUACAGUGUGGCUGAGUGCAGCGGUAUGAACAGCAGCCUUCAGAGAUGCUCGUUCCGUUCUUCCCGCUACGUUGUGGAGUGCAGUGACAGGUACUUGGAAUGUGGCGUGGAGGGUGCAGAGCGUCCACAACAUUCACGUUACAUCGACAGCAGCAUGGAUGACAGGGAGCAUGUCUCUGCCUCGGAGCAAGAGGCCAGUGUGGCAGAAGAGCCCCAGCAUUCUUACAUGCUCCAGGGCUCACUGUAUUCAGAUGAGGGUGCUGUUCGGCACUCACUGGCUGACACGGUGGGUUCCCAGCUCGCCGAUCAGAUGGAUUGCAACGAUAGCUUACCUGGGCCAUAUAUAAGUAGCAGCGGGACGUAUUCCGCCCAACUAGAGGCUGUGGUGGUGCAGUCUGGGGUGGUGGAUGAGCCAGGGAAUAGAACCCCAAACAUGGCAGAGCUGGAGGAAAUGAUGGAGGUGGUCAUCGUUCAACAGUUCAAGUGCAAGAUGUGCCCAUAUAAAAGCGUCUCCAAAGACACGCUUAUCAACCACAUGAGAGACAAGCAUUUUAGACCAGCAGGCGCUUCUCCUCCAAAGAAGCGUGGACGGGGUCGUCCACGAAAAUCUGAAAGCAAGCUACAGUCAGUAAUUGAAGUCAAAAAGGAGGAGCCACCAGAGGAAGAAGAUGAUGACAUUGUUGAUGCAGGUGCCAUUGAUGAUCCUGAAGCUGACAGUGAUUAUAAACCAGCUGAUGAAGAGCCCAAACCCAGAUUAGCUGCCAGUCAUUGCAAACCUCCUCCUACCUGUUCUUCUUCAUCUUCCUCUACCUCACGAAAACGGCCCCGCAGGAUGGUGGGACCACCUCGCAAAUUCCUCAGUUACUCAGAGACACCAGAAGGGUCUCAACCCAGCAAUGCAGCGGACCCUCAAACUCCUGAAGAGGCAAGUUCGUCUGGAUUGGAGAAUGGAACUCCAUUAUCCAAUGGGACUGUAGCUGAGCCAGGUGUCAGCCAAUCAGAUUCAGAGAACAAAGAUCCCUCAUCAAACACAGGCACAGAUGAUGCAGAUUUUUUGCCACGGAAAAGAGGACGUCCUUCUAAACGUUUCCUCCAAAAGAAGUACAAAAAGUACAUGAAUCGCAAUAAGUACUACAGAACUCUCAAGCCUCUGCUAAGGCCUCAUAACUGCUGGAUCUGUGGCUCUCGCUUUCUGUCGCAAGAGGAUCUCAGAUUCCAUGUGGAUUCUCAUGAGGGAAAGGACCCUGAGCGUUUCAAGUGCCUGCAGUGCAGCUACCGCUGCAAGCGUUGGUCCUCACUGAAGGAGCACAUGUUCAACCAUGAAGGUUCAAAACCGUAUAAGUGUGAGGUGUGCGAUUACUCCAGCGUGUAUAAGAAGGAUGUGAUUCGGCACUCAGCAGUCCACAACAAAAACAAGAGUCGAAAAAUAGAUGUGGUUCCCAAAAUGUCUGAGUUUCCGUGUCCCAUCUGCCGCCGUGUGUACCCCAUGCAGAAACGUCUCACGCAGCACAUGAAGUCACACAGCACAGAUAAACCUCACAUGUGCGACAAGUGCGGGAAAUCCUUCAAGAAACGCUACACUUUCAAAAUGCAUCUUCUUACGCACAUACAGAAUUGCGGCAACAGCUUGUUUAAAUGUGAGUUCUGCGAAUACAUCUGCAAUGACAAGAAGCACUUGCUCAACCACCAGCUGUCCCAUACAAACGACAAACCUUUCAAAUGUGAGGAGUGCAAAUACUCCACAAGUAAAGAGGAGUUCCUGGUGUCCCACAUUGCCAUUAAACACACAGGUGAAAAGCCUUUCUCCUGUGACAUGUGCCACUUCACGACAAGACACAGGAAGAACCUGCGGCUACAUAUCCAGUGUCGUCACCCCGAAAAUUUCGAAGAGUGGAAUCAGACGCACCCGGAGGAGCCCAUCCGCCGCCGUCAGAGACCCGCUUUCACCGUGCAGCAGAUUGAUGAGCUUCGAUUGCAGCACGAAACACAGGGGCUUCAGGGAACAGUGGUAUCAGUAGACCCCAUCACUCUCCAGACAAUGGAGUCCAUGGGAAAUACAUCUGUAUCCCAAGAUGCGCUGGGUAACACUACCAUCAUCUAUGAGCAAGCCCAGACGACAGACCUCUCAGCACAAAAUGCUCUAGAUCUACUGCUAAACAUGAGUAAUGCCAGAGAACUACAGGUGGCGGUUCUAAAAACAGACGGCAAGACUCUGGAGACGGGCACGUGGUCCACAGCUAGCUCUGGGGGUCAGGGGUCAUCCUUGCAGUCUCAGAAGAUUGUGACCUUCCAUGUGUCAGAAAACGGUGACACCCUGGUGCAGGAGGCGUUCGAGACGGCUACCGGGACCGUGGAGCAAGAGGAGGUAGCCGAUGUUUCGCAAAUCGGCAUCGAGACAUAUGAGACGGCAGAUUUCAGUGUGGUGGAACAGGCGUCUGAGGAGAUUCCUGUCCCUGGAGCACCACACAGUUUAGAGGAACCCUCAGCAGAGCCUCAGGUCAUGGAAGUAAGCACAGAAUCUUUGCCCAUCUCUACACCUCUGAAGGAGAACAAAGAGAAGUUUUACUUGAGCUCAGAUGAAGUCCUUCAGCAGGUUGAGCUGAGCAGUGAAGCUCCAGGCUCCCCCUCCCUGUGUCCAUCACCUCUUCAGCAGCUCAGUCACAAACGCUUCUCCUGUCGGAUAUGCAUGGAGACUUUUCAGGGCCGCUCGGACAUGGAGAACCACAGGAGGGCGCACAUAGACCCUAAAACAUUUAAAUGCCCUGACUGUGACUUCACAGCUCCCUCUUGGAAAGAGGUCAAGUCUCACAUGGCCAUGCAUGCAUAUUUGAGGCCUCAUAAAUGCACUAGCUGCAGUUUUGCCUCCAAAAACAAGAAGGACCUGAGACGUCACAUGAUGACGCACACCAACGAGAAGCCUUUUGCCUGUCAGAUGUGCGGACAGAGGUUUAACCGUAACGGUCACCUGAAGUUCCACAUGGAGAGGCUUCACAGUCAGGAACCGUCGCCUCGUAAAACCCGCUCUGUUUCCUCGCAGCAGACCAUCAUCGUCAAUAGUGAUGAAGAGGCUUUAGCCACACUACAGAAUCUGCAGGCGGGUCAGACACUGAUCAGUCCAGAGAGGUUGCAGCAGGCUUUGGGUCAGGAGCACAUUAUUGUAGCCCAAGAUCAGACGCUUUCUGACCAGGAGGAGGCGACAUACAUUCAGCAGAUCACAACAGUAGAUGGUCAGACAGUACAGCACUUGAUGUCUGGAGACAAUCAGGUCACUGAGGUCCAGUAUAUAAUCUCUCAGGACGGAGUUCAGCACUUAAUCCCAAGGGAAUAUGUUGUGGUUUCUGAUGGAAAUCAUAUUCAGAUGGAGGAUGGACAGAUUGCUCACAUUCAGUAUGAGCAUGAUGGGACGUUUCUGCAGGAGCAGCAGAUUGCUCUGUCUCAUGAUGGACAGAUCCAGUAUGUCCCCAUCACUACUGAACAGCAGGUUGUCGCUCCUGAAGACCUGGAGGCAGCAGCCCAUUCUGCCGUCACCGCUGUUGCAGAUGCAGCUAUGGCUCAGGCACAGACGGUUUACACCGAGGCCACACCUGAACAACUGGAACAGCUGCAACAACAAGGCAUCCAGUAUGAUGUCAUUACUUUUACUGAGGAGUAGAAACUACACACACAGUAUGAAUUCAUCAUCAACAUACACACACUCGAUAACGUCAGCUAGAGUAUAGAACACAAAGCUGAUUCACUGAUUCAGACGUUUGUUUCUUCAGAAUUGUUUAGUAAGAGGGUGAAUGUACAGUUAAACGCACGCUGAAAGUUACACAAAUAAUGCCUGUAAAUAUUUAAGCAGUUUAUCUUCGCAUGCCUACGGUGUUUUGCUUUGUAAAGGAAAAGCAGAAAACAGCAGCUUGUACAAAAAAUUCUGUAUUUAAUUCUACAUUUGCUUUGAUGUACGGAGGCGGAUGCUACACCUCUUCGAAUGAGACAGUCACAAUUACACCAAGUUGAAAAACCAAUGCUGGAAGAUUUAGUUUAUUCGUGAAACGGUUCCUAGCUAAAUUGCUUGUACAAAAUGUUUAUUAUUGGUUUCUUUUUAUGUGAACCAUACUGUUUCAUCUUAAGCUUUUUCAGUUUUUUUAAAGAUACCUUUGUUUCAGAUGGAUAGAGAAAGGAACGUAAAGUACAUACCAAAUAAAUCACAACAUGAACUUUUACAUUCAAGUAUUUCUGCUUUUCAUUAAAUUUAGUACAGCAAUACAAAUGUUCUGACAAUCUACAAGAAGUUUAUUGAGUGGUUGUGCACAAUUCAAGGGAAGAUAAAAGCAGAAUGUAAAUAUGUAUGGCAUACCAAACAUUAAAGAAAAAUUCUGUUUUAGACACAA